AUGCUCGCCUGCUUCGACUUCAAGCGUCUCUUCGAGGAGCCACUGCAGGACUGCCAGAAGCAAGCUGUUGUCCGGCUUGCUGAUUACUUUAGAUCUCGAGCUGAUACAAUGGUCUGGCCUGACUUUGACUACGUGUCCCACAGCUGGCCAGAUUCAAAGGAGAUUCAACGGCAGUUCCAUGUCUUUUCCCGGAUAUUGCGGGACAAUCGUGGACGUCCCAGUUGGCACCGAACUGUGGCAGCCCGUGUCUCUUUGCUUCAGCCGCAGCCGCUGCUCACCGGCCUCUCCAAAGCCGGGCUGGAAGGUUGUUUCCGUAUGCUGCCGUCGUCCUGCCACGUCCCUCGCAAAGAGGUUCUUCGCAUUAUUGCCGGCAGGGUCAAUGCUUUCCUCGAGAGAGCGCCGCCCGGCGAUUGCGUCCGCCUGCUGAAGCAUCCCGGUGGACUGGCGUUGGUGGACACCUUGGAGCGCGAGGUUGACUCGGUUGCAGUCGUCGCUUCUUUUAUGCAGGAGCAAGAGCUGCAUCAAUUCCGCCUUCGAAAUCGUUCCACGCACUGUUGGCACAUGGUGUACCUCCUGUCGCUUUGCAGCUGUAUGAAUUCACAAUCAUGUGAUUGUGAACGAGUCGGAAGCCACUUACACCAGGUGGAGAGCGGCGGCACCGUCCGGUCACCGGCCAGAGUCGCAGACAGACUCCGGUUCAAAGUGUCAGGGGUCAAAGGCAUCGGUGGCGUCCGGGACGAAGCUCUUAUCAGGACACUGGUACAAACGCUGCUUCUGGCGAGGAAACGCCCCUUCGUCCAGACAAAGCAGCGAGGCGUCAGACGCAGGUUGGGCGAUCCAACUUGCGGGCAUCUAGGGUCAAUGCUGUUGAUCCAGGAUGCCAACAAAAGAGGAAACAGUCAGCACGCUGGCUGCGGCAAAAUGCAACUGUGCCACAGAGUCCAUGGGAGUGGUAGUUAUGGAAUCGUCGCUGCAAGUUCCUGA